AUGAUGGACGAGGUGGUUAGCGCGGACCAGAUCUACCAGGUCCAGCUCGCCCACCAGCAGCAGCUCCACGCGCAGCUGCAGCAGGUCAGCGCCAACGUCGCCCAGCAGCUCGCGGCCGCGUCGACCGCCAGCUUUCCCUUUCCUCGCAACUCGCCCGACUUCGCGUGCGAGAACGUCGGCGACCGCAUCAAGGGCAAGCGCCGCAAGUACUGCCCGCACGAGGUCACGGCGCUCGUGCUCGGCGUCCAGCGCUACGCCGACGACAGCUGCCCGUGGAGCAGCAUCCUCCGCGACCCGCACCUUGGCCCGCUCUUCCACGGCCGGUCGGGCGUGGAUCUCAAGGACAAGUGGCGCACGCUCAUCAAGACCCGACCCGACCUCGCAAGCUAUACGGAGAACCGGAAGAACCACCGCAAGUACCGCCCGUUCACGGCCAUGGAAGAGCGCGCGCUCAUCGAGGGCGUGAAAAAGUACAACGGCCAGCGCAACGUGUGGAGCCUCAUCCUAGUCGACAAGGACCUCGGCGUGCAGUUCAACGACCGCUCCAACGUGCAGCUCAAGGACAAGUACCGGACCCUGCGGCGGUCCGGGCUCGUCAACACAGUCUCGGUCUCGACGCCAAGCAACCGCAAGGCCAACCGCCCCGGCAAGCUCGGGCUCAUGCGCGGUCCGCUCUCGCCCAAGAGCCGGCAGACACUCAACGCGGCGGCAGCACAGCUCGCGAGCAGCUCACUCUUGCAGCAGCAGCAGUCGAUGUUUACCGACCCGAAUCUCUUCAUGUCGACGCAGCUCAACCUUGGUCAGCUCGGACAGCUCACGAUCGCGCAAGCCCAAGCCCAAGUGCAAGCGCAGCUGCAGGCCACCGUGCAGGCCACCGUGCAGUCCCAGUCGCAAGCCGCCCAGGCCGCCCAAGCCAAAACGUUCUCGCAGAUGCUGGCGGCCGCCAACUCGAGCUACAACAAUGCGCUGCCUGCGUUCAUGAUGUCGGGCUCGGCCUCGCCACAGAACGCCCUCUCAUUUUACAACUCGGCGACCGGAUCGCCGCAGCCCGCAGGCGAGACCACCAAGCGCAACGGCAAGGGCGUGCGCAGCGGCAAGGCCCCCAAGGCUCUGCUCGCGUCGACAACGCCAAAGGUCAAGAACGUCCUCGACAAGAUGGACGCGCCGCUGUCACCGCCGCUGCUCGACAACAUGAUCCCGAUGCCUGCCUCGGUGCAAAACAGCGGCCGGCCGACCGGAUUCUGA